AUGACUAGCUCUAGUCUUCAACACCAUAUCUGGCUUGGAAGGAAGUAUUGGAUCCUUUCCACCUAUUUGAGGAUUUCGACUCGCCGCGUUGACUCGGUCUGGGUUGGAGUCGACUCAGUUCGCUUUUUCAUUCUCGCGGAUCUAAAGUUAGAUGUAUCAGUGUGCUCCUCAGAUCUGGUGCUGCUGUGUGUUGUAGAAGUCCCUGCUCUCUCUGUAGCUGUGUUUGUGCUAGCUCUUCUUUCCUUCCUGGCAUCGGAAAGUAAAGGGGACAUCAAAAUGAAGGCAUUGAUUCUGGUUGGGGGAUUUGGAACAAGGUUGAGGCCACUGACACUCAGUUUCCCUAAGCCUCUUGUUGAUUUUGCCAACAAGCCUAUGAUUUUACAUCAGAUAGAGGCCCUUAAGGCCAUUGGAGUUACUGAGGUGGUGCUAGCAAUCAAUUACCAACCAGAGGUUAUGUUAAAUUUUUUGAAGGAUUUUGAAACAAAGCUUGGCAUCAAGAUCACAUGUUCUCAAGAAACUGAACCACUAGGAACAGCGGGACCCCUGGCUCUUGCUAGGGAUAAGCUGAUAGAUGACUCAGGAGAGCCCUUUUUUGUUCUCAACAGUGAUGUUAUCAGCGAGUAUCCACUUAAGGAAAUGAUUGAAUUCCAUAAAGGCCACGGAGGAGAGGCUUCCAUAAUGGUAACAAAGGUUGACGAGCCAUCAAAAUACGGUGUGGUUGUGAUGGAAGAUAGCACAGGGAAGGUUGAUAAAUUUGUCGAGAAACCGAAAUUGUUUGUUGGCAACAAAAUCAAUGCUGGAAUUUACCUGCUGAACCCCUCUGUUUUGGACCGAAUUGAACUGAGGCCCACUUCUAUCGAGAAAGAGGUGUUUCCAAAGAUUGCUGCAGAGAAAAAGCUAUUUGCAAUGGUCCUUCCAGGAUUCUGGAUGGACAUUGGACAGCCAAGGGAUUAUAUUUCUGGUCUGAGGCUUUACCUGGACUCGUUGAGGAAGAAGUCAUCUUCUAAGUUGGCCAGUGGCUCUCAAAUUGUGGGGAAUGUCAUUGUGGAUGAGACAGCUAAAAUUGGCGAGGGAUGUCUCAUUGGACCUGAUGUUGCUAUUGGUCCUGGCUGCAUUAUUGAGCAAGGUGUUAGACUAAAAAGCUGCACAAUAAUGCGAGGAGUCAGGGUUAAGAAGCAUGCUUGUGUCUCCAGCAGUAUUAUUGGGUGGCAUUCCACUGUUGGUCAAUGGGCCCGAGUGGAUAAUAUGACCAUCCUCGGAGAAGAUGUCCAUGUAUGUGAUGAAAUUUACAGCAAUGGUGGUGUGGUUUUACCGCACAAAGAAAUCAAGUCCAACAUACUGAAGCCAGAGAUUGUCAUGUGA